CCAAAAAUAUUUGUAAAUGGCGGCCGAAUUAUUCGUCAAUUGGAAAAAAAUUUUUAAAAAAUCUGAACUUGCUCUUCAUUGGUUCAUUCAAAUUCACACGGAUUGCACCCGAAUAACUUCCAACCGUCGAUAAGUUCCACAUCUAACGGCAGUCAUUGACCAUUCGCCCCGCUCCACCUCUUCCAAAACCACCGCUAUAAAAUACUCGAACCUCGCAUUGUCGGUACAUAAUCUUUCGUGAAUUCCAAUCCACAGCGUCUAAUUUCAAAGCUGAGAGUUUUAUUUGUUGAAGCAUCAGGGUUGGUUCGAAGCAAAAUGGAUGUUGGAGGAAAGGUAAAGAAGGGGGCUGGAGGAAGAAAAGGCGGUGGUCCAAAGAAGAAGCCUGUUUCAAGGUCCGUCAAAGCUGGACUGCAGUUCCCCGUCGGAAGGAUCGGCCGUUACUUGAAAAAAGGAAGGUAUUCGCAGAGGGUCGGAACCGGAGCUCCAGUUUAUUUGGCUGCCGUUCUUGAGUACUUAGCUGCUGAGGUUCUGGAAUUGGCUGGAAAUGCAGCACGUGACAACAAGAAAAACAGGAUUAUCCCAAGGCACGUGUUACUCGCCGUGAGGAAUGACGAAGAACUCGGGAAGCUUCUCGCCGGCGUCACCAUCGCUCACGGUGGCGUCAUACCGAACAUCAACCCUAUUCUUUUGCCGAAGAAGACUGAUAAGGCUCCCAAGGAACCCAAAUCUCCAUCAAAGGCUACCAAGUCCCCGAAGAAGGCUUAGUUUGAUUAAGAAACUUAUAUUAUUAGGCUUUUGUUUUCCUUGUGAUUUUGGGGUCUUUAGGAUUUUGUUUGUCAUUGUUGAUGUGUAGGGGAAAAAAGUUUCAAGCAAAAUUGAAGAUUUUAUUAUUAUUGUUAGAAUCCCAUUAUCUUGUACGUGAUUUUAAUGGAAAUGAAACUACUUGUUUCUG